GUUCCGCUGCACCUCCUUUCCCUCCGCUCCGCUUUCAUUUGGGAGAAUGUGGUGCCAUUUGAACAAACCGUUCUUUAUGCAACAGUUUGUUGGCAUUUUUUCUUUGCUCACGUCUCAAACAGCCGCACUGGAUUGUGAGACGAUGAAAAAAACAAAUGAAUUCCCUUCUCCGAAAGUGUAUUCAGAAACAGAUGUGAUCAUGAAGGGUCAGAACGUAUCUCUAUUUUGUUCCAACCAGAACAAAUCACUACAGAUCACCUAUGUUAUGUUUCGGGGUAUGAAACACCUGGGAACCUGGGAUGGAAAAGGUGAACCCAUGAUUUUUAACCUAAGGAUCUCAGAAGCCGGUGAUUUAGGCCCCUACAAAUGCAAAACCCAGGUUUCUAACUGUUCAAGAUAUAGUCAAGAGUUCAGCUUCACGUUUGCCAACCCAGUGACCACACCAGUGCUGAACAUUAGUGCCUUUCAAACAGAAACAGCCCGAUACAUAACACUCCGCUGCAUCUCAUACAAUGGCUCUCUGCCCAUCAAUUACACUUUCUUUGAAAAAGACGUCGCCAUAUCACCUGCUAUUUCCAAGAAUGUAAGGGAACCUGCUGAAUUUAACUUAACCGAGAGGAUCACCGGAGAAAGGGAAGAAUAUAGGUGUAAAGCCAAAAACAGAUUGCCCAACCAUGCAAAAUACAGUCAACCCUUCACCAUGCCCUCAACAGGCGGAGACAGCUGUCCUUUCUGCCUGCAGCUACUGCUUCCGGGGUUAUUACUGCUGCUGAUAGUAAUAAUCCUAAUGCUGGCAUUUUGGAUACUACCAAAGUACAAAGCAAGAAAAGCUAUGAGAGAUAAUGCACCCAGAAACUAUGGAAAUAAACCCAUGGAAGUUGGAAUAUAUGCAAAUGUCUGUCAAAACCAAGCAGAUGACAAAUCUGUGCCAGGCUUGGAACCAAGGCAGUGUGUUUCCACAGCCCAAGAUGGGACUGGACACUCCAAGGAGAUACAUUAUGCCACCCCCGUGUUCCAGGAGGUGGCACAAGGAGAUCACGAAGCCCAUAAUGAUUGUAAAACUGGAUAUGUCUAUUCUGAACUUGUCUUGUGAAAUUUAAAGAUACAAACUACAUCUCGGGGUGAGAUGCUUUUCUAAAGCUGAUUGACAUGGCGAAAAAGCAAACUUGAUUCACGCUAAGAAAUGUCUCACCUGGUUACCUACAGAGAAUCACUGUUUUUCAUGUUAAACUCUAUUCCAUUGGCUCACUCAGGUAAUCCAAUCAUCCAAUCCUGUCAUCAGCCAACAGUUUUGUCAGGUGGGAUCCUGACUGAUGACAGUUUUUAAAUGCUUUUGCUAGUUUUAGGCAUGGACCGUUCUCCACAUUUCCAUAUCAUUUAAAAAAGAAUAAUUGUUAGACCACUGUGCUCUUCCUAAGUGCAUCCUGGAAGCAUUGUAAUGAUCAUCUUCCCGGUGUCCCUCUCCCCAUGAACAUUGAAGGCUCAGAAGUAAACACGCAAAGCAAAAACCGUGUCUAAAUUCUAAGACAAAAAUUGGUGACCUUGAAAAUGUGUCUGAAGAAAUAGUGCCUGCAGUCACCGUGGGAGGAAGGCAGGAUUGUGCCACAAGCACACAUGUGCUAUCCGUUGCUGUUUAAAUUUGCUCUCAGAUUUUGGAAGGCUGCAAAAAUAUUGUGUUGAUUUUCAUAGACCCUCAGUCCUCCAGAUUUAGCUGAUGUGAAAGGCGUGUCUUUAUGUGCCUUUCCCAUCAGUGUCCUGUGCAGAGAACAGCCCAGAGUUGAGUUCUGGGAGAAGGGAGGAUCUCCUGGGACUAUUGUAACAAAUUACCACACACUGGUGGCUUGAAACAACGGAAAUUUAUUGUCUCAUAGUUCUGGAGGCCGGAAGUCCAAAAUCAAGAUGUCGGCAGGGUAGAAGGUGUUUUGGAGCAUGAGCUCUGCCUCAUCCAUUUGUUUAUCAAUGAAUCAAGUUUCUGCUCUGCUAUUAUUAAAAAGAAAAAAAAAAAAAGAUGUCAGCAGGGCUCUGCUCCCUCCAAAGGCCCUACGGGAGAAUCCCUGCCUCUUCCAGUUUUUGGUGGCUCCUGGUGUUUCUUGGCUUGUGGCUGCAUCGCUCCAAUCUCUGCCUCUGUCUUUACAUGGCCUUCUCCUCCUCUGCCUUUCUCUUAUAAGGACGCUCAUCCUUGGAUUUAGGAACCACCCACAUGAUCCAGGAUGACCUGAUCUCGAGAUCUUUAAUUCCAUCUGCAAAGACUCUUUUUCCAAAUAAGGUGACGUUCAUAGAUACCAGGAGUCAGGACAUGGACAUAUCCCUUUGGGGAGCCACCAUUCAGCCCACUACAGGGGACAAAAUGAUUUCUGGAUUGACUCUCUCAUCCUAGGAGCUAUAAGUAAAAUCCAAUAAAAGCCAAGAGGCAUUUCUAGGGUUCCAGACAAACAAAGCAACUUGAACAAAAUUUUUCUGCUCUGCUCUUCUUUUGGGGGGUUGCCUGGGCCUCAGUCAUCAUUGUUGCCAACAAUGGACCCCUAACUAGAAAAAUCAUAGCUAUCAGUUAUCAGACACUAACUCUGUAUAACAUCCUACAAGGCCAAUAUUAAGUUGCUUUUACAAGUAAGGAAACUUAGACUCAAAUGAGGUAAGUAAUUUUACAAGGUCAACUACGUCUCCGUAAGUGGUUGAACUAGGAGUUAAAUCCCAGCAGAGAACAGCGGAAGCACUGGCUGUGGGGAUGGAUGCCACACACACAGGUCCAGACGAGUCUGAGGAUUUUGUUGCCAUAAAGCAGCACUCGUGAGCAUAAUUUCCCCCCUUUCUCUGUUGCUAUUUUUGUUGAGAGGAAAUUGGUAUAUCACAGAGAUAGGAGUGUGGGGGCCUCCAGAGUCAGACAGACUGAGCUGAAUCCAGGCUCUGUCAAGUCCUAAUGGUGUGACUCUGGAUAAGUUACCUAACAUCUCUGGGCUUCAGUUUUCUCAUUUGUAAGGAGAAAGAGAGACAGAGAGAGGGAGAAAUGAAACAUACAUUGUGAAGCUGCUUUGAGAAUUAACUCAGGUAAUGAAUGUAAAGGGCUUGGAAUGGGGCCAGGAAUAUAAUAAGAAUUCAAAAAAGGCUAUUUGUAGUAUGAUGAUGCCUACUCUGAGUCAUACUAAUUGGCUGCUUCCCUCAGAAACCUUUAAGACUUUGAAGGUCAUAAACUUGGUGACUUGGCCAUCAUCGGCUUCUUCAUCUGUCUUAACCUGAGCUCCUUCCUGAAGCAGAGCCUGAGACAAGGACUCGGGUGCAGGUAGUUGAAAUGGGAGGUGAUCCCCGGGAACAGGAGUGAGGGCCCAGGGAGAGUGAGGCAGAGAAGGGAAAGAACCAACACAAGGGGUGUGGAGGGGCUAGCAAAUUAGUGACCAUACCAGCAACUGGAUUUGAUCCUGUUCAGACCUUCCAAGGUCUUAAGUCCAGAAUGCCUCUGGGAUUCACAGCAUGCCCUCAAUCGACAGCCUCUCUUUUUCUCCCUGCAAAGCUUCUAAAGCAGUUCAUAGAAGCCAGCCAACUCCACGACCCAUAUAAUUACCACUGCCCCAUGCCUUUCAAGUGCUCACACUAUUGCAUAACCGUGUGCUUCACUUUCCGCCUCUGCAGGGGAAAGUCUUGGUAACUGUGAAGCUAUCAUGUAUAAGGGUUGUCACCACUCCCCUGACCACCAGCAACGGAGUCUUCUUACCGUCCAUCCAGGGAGUAACUCCAUUUCCCAGGGCUGCUUUCUACAACCUUCUGAUACCUUGUCUUAUCCUGGGCUAGCCCUGAAAGCAGAGUCUGAGAUAAGGGCUUCUGUGCAAAUAAUUUAUUUGGGACGUGACCCAAGGGAACAGGUGUGAGGGACUGGAGGAAAAGCCAGUACAAGGGUGCUAUUGUUGAGCUGGGCACUGCUGUUGGCAACCGGGGCUUGAUCCCACUGGAACUUUCUGAGGAGUGAAAGAACGUCUCUCAGAAUUGUCCACUUGAGGACCGAUAGUGAGAAGCCUUUAAUCCAUUGACUUCCAGAUCCCAUCGGCUGAGGGUUGCCCUAGGAGGGGAUGCCUCCCCCACUUCUAGGCUGUGCAUUCUAAGCAAGCUUCCACUGGUGUCUCACCCAGGGCACUGGAAAGCCCCAGGGCAGAAAAUGAGUGCUACGUGUUGUACACUUGAAGCAACAAGCUGUCAACACAAAGUGAGUGAAGCCUCAGAUGCAGCUAGAAUCGUAGGUGAGACCCAGAGGAUACAGUGACACAGGAUACAGAGGUGGCUGGUAUGCCAUCUCUCAACAUUUCCCUUAUAAGGACUAUAAUAACAACAAUAAUAAUAACUGCCAUGUGUUGAGCACAUACCAGGUUCCAGGUACUGUGAACUCCUUUGUAUACUCAUCCUCAGGCAGUUCUCACAACCACCCUCUCCUCUCCCAGCUCCCACUUACUGUGACUUCCCACUCCAUCUUAUUGUACCCUGCACAGACAUUCAGCCCCCCAACAGCUUUGGGAUUCAAUUGUUUAGGAAGGGAAGAAGAGGAAAAGCAGAAGAGCAUCUAUUGAGUUUUCGUUUCAACAGCUACAUUUUUUGAUGUCUAGAAAUUUCACUUUGGUUCUUUUUCAAAUCCACAUUUAACUUUUCUUGUUGUGAAAUAGAGCACGCAUUAUAUGAAAAUGCAUAAAAAUACAUGUACAGUUUAAUAAGUUAUAUCAAGUGAACACUAGUGGUGGAGUGUUGCCAGCAGCCACAGAGCCCUCUGCCUGCCUCUUCGCAAUCACAACCCCAUUUCCCUGACCUAACUCCCUUUUAUGGGAAUCACUUCUUUGCUUUUCUUUAUAGUUUUACCACCUAAGUAUGCGCUCCUAUACGCUGUCUUCAGUUUUGCCUCUCUUUGAAUUUAAUAUAAAUGGAGUCAUAUUGCA